AUGAAUACAAGUAACAUUACAAAUUCUACAUGGAUAGAAUGUGAUUUGGAAGAUGAUCUAGGUUAUGAUCUUAUUCCAAUGUAUCGUAUAUUAUUUAUUUUAAGUUGUAUUACUGUUCCAUUAGGAAUAUUAUUCAAUAUUAUAUUUAUUAUUACUUUAAUUUGUCUUUCAAAGAAAAUCUCAAACGUGAAUAUGCACGCCCUUUUAUUAAGUUGUAUAGCUCAAAUUCCACUUUCUCUUAUUCAAGGACCAAUUCGACUUUAUUUCUAUUAUCAUCAUGGAUGUUCACCAUUAGCAGGUACUCCAUUAUGUCAAUUAACAGUUUAUCUUGAUUAUAUUCCAACACAAAUCAAUAAUUUUCUUGUUGUUCAACUAUCAUUUGAACGUUUACUUCUUGUUGUAAAACCAUUUAUAUUUCAUCGAGCUCGUCAUCAAACAUUUUCCUAUGCAAUAUGUCUCCAUUAUAUUGGUCUUUUCAUAGCUAUUGCAUUUCCUUGUCUUUAUUAUCCAAUUAUUAUGCAAAAUGGCGCAUCAACAAUUAAUCUUGAUGAUCCAUCAACAACCCAAACAUGUGAUCUAUGGUAUUCGAGAGAUAUUUAUGAGUUAUUUGAUUUAUUGAUAACAUUUGUUCCAUAUGCUCUCAUAUUAAUUUCUUGCCUAUCUGUUAUUAGUGUUAUUUUCUAUCGAAAAUAUAUUUUGAAUAAUGGACAAAGAAGAAAGGUCGGUUCACGAAAUCAACGUCGUGUUCUUUUUUCUCUUCAUAUCUUUCUUUUAUGGUUUAUUUUAACAUGGUCACCUUGGGUUUUCUAUGAUUUCUUUCAAAUUAUUUUAAAUCUAACAUAUUCUGUUUAUAUUGAUGCAAUUACAACAUUUAUUGUCUAUUUAAACUAUACUUUAAGUUCAACAAUUGUUUUAAUAACAUUCAAAGAUAUGCGUCAGUUCUGGUUUGUUAAACUUGGUUUUGGACAAUCUAUUUCUUCACCAGUAAAUCAUAUUGAACUCGCUCAAACAGCUAAUCAACUCGUUCACCAUGUGAAAAGAAAACAUCGUAGAAUUCAUGUCUUAUAA